AAUACUAGUAAUAGACGUUUAGAAUUUUAUUUCCUUUUCAAGAUAAACAAAAUCUUUUACAGUGUCAUGAAUUGAAAGAAGAAAAAAAUGGGCAGUGUGGUAAGCAUCCAAAAGAUGUCUGAGGAGUUGGACUUUCCUAUUUCAGAGCAGACACCCUAAAAAUAACAUGCUUUUGCUGAUUUGUGUACCUUUGAACAGAGCUCAAUAGGAAACAAAUGACAGAGUAGUACAAUGUGUGGAAAAUUUGGGAAGUGGAUUGCCAAGUGAGAACAGACGGUUGGUGACAGAACUAAUCAGACUAAAGGUACAAAUUUGAUUCUCUUAAAUAUAGGGAAAAAAUCUAGACCGUGAAUUUGUAAGGGGCACUUGUGGGAUUCUGUCAUGGAGGUGAUGUGUGCAACAUCUCAGAAUCCACCAUCAAUUUUUUGCAUGUGAUUGAUUUGACUAACAAAUAUCAUCACGUGCUGAGAUGAGAUGAGAUUAAUCUUAUCAAGGCGUCUGUGAUAAUUGUGGUGAUGGGACACUAGAAGUUGAUUUUCAUUUUCGACUUCUUAUAGAGGUGUAACAACUGUUCGUGGUCAGUAAAGUUGUAAGCCUCCCACUGUAAAUUGUUUACUUAAUUAGGCAAUGGUUGUUCACAAUCUAUAUAUACGUGCGAUCAGCAGCAGAGUUUUCCACUGAUUUUUUUGAGGGAGCCAAAAUGGAGUGAUCCCCUCCACGCCAAGAUCCACCAAGCAGUUACAUAACCCACAUAUGAAUUUAAGGUAUUCUAGAUAACAAUUACAGAAAUGGGUUAUUACAGAGCAUUUUUGCUGAGGUGGAUACUGUUUAAUACACUGUGGGUGGGGGUCUUGCCGGGCACAGACAAGGAUUGCUCCCUUGGGGAUGUGGAGUUCCUGGCCAACAAUUUUGGGUACCCAUAUGGAUCCCCAAUUGAUCAGUAUGCAGUUGCAGAAGCCACAGAUGAUGUGGGUGCUCAUGUGUCUCAGGAGAUUCUGGAGGCUGCCAAUUUGCCCACAAAUGUUGAAUGGCUCAAAGGCAUUAGGAGGAAGAUACAUGAGCACCCGGAGCUUGCUUACGAGGAAUUUGAAACCAGUAAGCUCAUUAGGCAGGAGCUUGAUGGUAUGAACAUUAGCUAUAGGUACCCUAUGGCCAAAACAGGUGUGGUGGCCUCCAUUGGCACUGGGAAUCCUCCCUUUGUAGCACUUCGAGCAGACAUGGAUGCUUUGCCAAUCCAGGAAGCUGUUGAGUGGAAACACAAAAGCAAAAUUCCUGGUAAAAUGCAUGCUUGUGGACAUGAUGCACAUGUUACCAUGCUUGUUGGCGCUGCAAAGAUUUUGCAACAGCGUCGCCAUUAUUUACAGGGAACUGUCGUCUUAAUCUUCCAGCCUGCUGAAGAAUCAGGUGCGGGGUCCAAAAAAAUGAUAGAAGAGAGGGCAUUGGAAAAUGUAGAGGCUAUAUUUGCAAUGCAUGUUUCCAACUUUUACCCUACAAAUACUAUUGGUUCAAAACCUGGGCCUUUACUUGCUGGAUGUGGCUUCUUCAAGGCAGUAAUAACUGGAAAAGGAGGCCAUGCGGCAAUUCCACAACAUUCAAUUGAUCCUGUUUUAGCAGGUUCUGCUUCUGUUGUUAGUUUGCAACAUCUUGUUUCCCGUGAAGCCAAUCCCUUGGAUUCUCAGGUAGUAUCUGUCGCUGCAUUUAAUGGAGGUGGUGCACUCAAUGUUAUUCCGGAUUCUGUUACUAUUGGUGGUACAUUUCGGGCUUUCUCAAAUGAUAGCUUUUACAAACUCAGACAGAGAAUAGAAGAGGUUAUUUUAGGACAGGCUGCUGUCCAUAGGUGCACUGCAGUUGUAGAUUUCUUUGAAAAGGAAGAUCAAUUUUAUCCUCCAACUGUCAACGACAAAAGAAUGAACAAUCAUGUAUUCAGAGUUGCUGCUGAUAUUGUAGGUCCGCAGAAUAUAAAGUUAGUGGCCCCAAUGAUGGGAGCAGAAGACUUUGCUUUCUACACAGAAGUUAUUCCUGCUGCAUUCUUUUAUAUAGGAAUGAGGAAUGAGACAAUUGGAUCAAUUCAUUCAGGACAUUCCCCUUACUUUAUGAUUGAUGAAAAUGUUCUCCCAAUUGGUGCUGCAAUGCAUGCUGCAAUAGCGGAAAGAUACCUUAAUGAACAUAAAACAAGGACAAAACAGUUUAGCUAGUCCAAUGGAAUCAUGUUUAAUGCCAUUUUGUAUAGUUUUUUCUCUAAAUGAAAGGUGGAUCUUAGAGAUGCUGUUUCUGAGUUCCAACUACAGAAACUAGUGCACCAAUCUGUUUUCACAUUUUAUAGGAUGUGUGCAAGUUCAUAACUGGUUUGAAACUCCAGAUUGAUAUAGAUUAAAUAUCUUUUAGUAAUCUGAGAUAAUUCACCCGAGGAAAAAAUUCUUCUUCUUGGUAACUAAUUUCA